UCUGGUGAUGAGUUCUAACCUAGUCAAUCUCAUUUCAGAAUGCUUCAUCAAACCACUGAACGAGCUCUCACCUGAGGCAAAGCAGCCUAUCCAUUUCACACCUUUUGAGCUGGCCUGGCUCAACUUCAAAUACUCCCAAAGAGGUCUCCUUUUCAGAAAACCACCUUCACCGGAUUGUUUCUCAAUAACCACUUUCUUGAAUCACCUCCAACACUCUCUCUCCGCCACCCUCACUCAUUUCUACCCGCUCGCCGCCCGUUUUGCCACUAGAAAACAAGAAAACCCACCUUCAUAUGUCAUCUACUUGGAUCCAGAAAACUCCCCUGGCGCCAAGUUUAUUUAUGCCAAGGCGGGAGCCACAGUAUCCGAUGUACUUGACCCACCCGACGUACCUUUACUUGUCCAUUCGUUUUUUGAUCUUAAUAACGCCAUUUGCUAUGACGGUCACACAUUGCCUCUGUUAUCCAUUCAGGUGACUGAACUUGUGGAUGGAAUAUUCAUCGGUUGCUCUUUCAACCACAUGGUGACCGACGGGACCUCUUUAUGGCAUUUCAUGGCUGCUUGGAGUGAAAUAUUUAGAUCCGGAGGACAAUCAGUUUCUCGUCCUCCGGUAUUCAAGCGAUGGGUGCUGGAUGGAUAUGAUCCUAUAAUCAAUCUCCCCUACAACCAUCAAGAUCAGUUUAUUGAACGUUUUGAAAAUCAAACCUUUAAAGAGCGAUUCUUCAGUUUCUCCUCAACGGCCAUCUCCAAACUCAAAGCAACAGCAAAUUCUGAAUGCAGUACGCAAAAGAUUUCAAGUUUACAAGCCGUGAUCGCGCUUUUAUGGAGGUGCAUCACCCGUGCGCGAUGUCUACCACAUGAUUGUGAAAUCACUUGUUCGUUGAUGUUUUCUACGCGGGCAAGGUUAAACCCGCCUUUGUCAGAUGAUUAUUUUGGUAACCCGGUUCACAUUGUGGGAGGCAAAGCAACUGUGGGGGAUUUGUUGGCUCAUGGUCUUGGUUGGGCGGCUUUCCGACUACACGAAGCCGUGAUAAACCACGAUGAUAAAGCAAUCAAGGAAGAGGUUGAGUCAUGGAUAAAAAGUCCCGUGAUAUAUAAACGGAUUCAUCUGUUUGGUGCAAACCUUGUGCGAGCUGCGAGCUCACCGAGAUUUGACAUGUAUGGGUGUGAAUUUGGAUUGGGUAAAGCGCUUGCGGUUAGAAGCGGGUGCACUAACAAAUGCGAUGGGAAGAUAACAAUGCAUCCGGGGCGAGAGGGUGGCGGUAGUAUGGACGUAGAAGUUUGCCUUUUGCCGGAAUAUAUGAAAAAUAUUCAAUCUGACCAGGAGCUCAUGAGUUAUCUAAUGAUAUACUAAGAGAUGAGUUUGCUUCUGUUGGAUCUGGUUUAGGAUCGGUCCAUGAUGGGCGCUAAACCCGCGUUAACGGGUCAGUCACAUGUUAAGUGAAUGUGUCUUGUUUGUUUCCGUAUUUUCUGUUGUUCAUUGAAUUGUUCUAUUGAGUCUGUAAGCUAUUUGUGGCUCUUCCUUUAUUGAAUGAGAUAUCACUGUUUUGAGAGUCUAUU